AUGGGUUUGUCGAAGCUUAGUAUUUCGGAUGUCGACCUUAAAGGGAAGCGUGUUCUUAUUCGAGUUGAUUUCAAUGUACCAAUGAAAGAUGGAAAAGUGACUAACACUCAAAGAAUCGCAGCUGCUAUACCAACCAUCAAAUAUGCUUUAGAUAAGGGAGCCAAAAGUAUCGUCUUGAUGUCCCAUCUAGGUCGGCCAGAUGGAAACAAAGUUGAUAAGUAUUCACUGAAACCUGUAUGCCCUGAAGUGUCAAAGUUGUUGGGCAAAGAAGUUACUUUUCUCAGUGACUGUGUUGGGCCUGAUGUAGUCAACGCUUGUGCCAAUCCUGCUCCUGGCAGCGUUUUUCUGCUUGAAAAUCUACGCUUUCAUGUUGAGGAAGAAGGCAAAGGUGUCUCACCAACAGGCGAAAAAACAAAAGCUACUGCAGACCAAAUCAAAGCUUUCAGUGAAAGUUUAACAAAACUUGGUGAUGUUUACGUCAAUGAUGCCUUUGGAACAGCACAUCGCGCUCAUGCUUCUAUGGUUGGCUGCCAACUGCCUCAAAAAGCCUGUGGAUUCCUCAUGAAUAAGGAACUGACCUAUUUUGCCAAGGCUCUGGAAAGUCCUGAACGUCCUUUCUUAGCAAUUUUGGGAGGCGCCAAGGUUAGUGACAAGAUCCAGUUGAUCAAUAAUAUGCUUGAUAAAGUCAAUGAAUUAAUCAUUGGUGGUGGUAUGGCGUAUACGUUUCUUAAACAAAUACACAAUAUGAAAAUAGGAAAAAGUUUAUUUGAUGCACCAGGUGCCGAAAUCGUUCUCAAAGUAAUGGAGACAGCGAAGGCUAAGAAUGUUGCAAUUCACUUACCUGUUGAUUUUGUAACUGCUGAUAAAUUUGCUGAUGAUGCAAACACUGGAGCAGCAACUAUACAAUCUGGAAUCCCAGAUGAUUGGAUGGGAUUAGAUAUUGGUAAAAAAACAAUUGAAGAAUUUCGCAAUGUAAUUAGUCGCGCUAAAACUAUUGUUUGGAAUGGUCCAAUGGGUGUUUUUGAAAUGGAUAAUUUUGCUGCCGGAACCAAGGCAAUAAUGGAUGCAGUUGUUGAAGUUACUAAGAAAGGUGCUACAACUAUUAUUGGUGGUGGUGAUACUGCAACUUGCUGCGCCAAAUGGGACACCGAAGAUAAAGUCAGUCAUGUCAGUACCGGUGGUGGUGCUAGUCUUGAACUUCUUGAAGGUAAACAAUUGCCUGGAGUUGUUGCACUUACGGAUGCUCACUAA